AUGCCCCCACCGGGUGGAUUCAAAUGUAUGGCGACCAGGGUGAGGAAGUACUGGUCCCCAAUUUGUAUGAUGCCCUUCUAAGACAACUAAGGGACAUGCCAAUUCCUGCAUAAUUUUUCAUGGAGACUUUUAAUAGUUCUUAAGUUUUGUAAUUCUAUGUUUUUACUUCCACUGUUUGGAAGGUUGAAUUGAAAUUAUUGGUCGCUCUUAAUUUUUGACCGUAUUCGGUAUAGAAAAUAAAUAAUUAAAAAGAUAUCUAAGCCAUUAUUUCAUCACUCUGCUACAUUUUAUCAUUUCAUUGUAGGCCUAUUAUUUUGGUAUGUUUCCUUGAAUAUCGAUAAAGAAAAGCAACUCAUAAAUAUUUUGAAUAAAUAAAUAAAAUCCCAGUGCCAAUAAAAUCCCAGAGCUGAACUGAGGCGUGAGGAAAUUUGCUGAUCCAAAACAAAAUGUUGAAAAUGAACUCUUUAAACCUAUUGCGUUAGGUAUGUGGGUUGCUUUGCUUCCAAAGAAAAGUUUGUAGGAUGUUGCAUUAUGUAUUUAGCUUUCUUGGCUUCCAAAGAAAAGUGUGUAGGAUGUUCGAGUUUCAACAUCCCAUAUUCAACUUAUUUAUCAUUCCUCAUGAGGCCUUAAGGGCACAAAGUGUUAGAUCAUUUAGCUGCAGGAAAGCCAAGGCAAUUAUAAAGCAAUUCACAAUAUAGUGAUCUGGCGUAAACAAGUAAUACCGUCAUUUAAAAUCAUUAAUAUAGUUCAUUUAUUUAGCUAUCUAUCAAAUUUAAUUAUAUGCCACCCUCCCUCCCAAGCAUAGCCCACAGAGGGGCAAGCAUAUCUGUAAUAAAAAUAAAAUAAAAACUUGUUUAAAACAUUUUUAAAACAUCAAAAAACAAAGAAACACAAUAAAACAUGUAACCAAUUAUGUGUCUGAAUAGGCCCACUGAAGAGAAAAGUUUGAAGAAAUUGCUUUAUACAGCUUAGAAUAAAAUUGAUGAAAUACUUUUUUUCAUAUGUGCAUUAUCUGUUAUCACAGCGUUUCCCUCCUGCAGCUUCACUAUCACUUUCCUCUCUUUCUCCUUCUGUUGUUCAUACGCCAGCCACUUCCCUGAUUUAUUGGCAAAUUCAAAGUUUUUCAUUUAGCAUAAUUAAACUUUUCUAUCUCUUGCGUUUUUAGCAUAGAUAACUGCCUCUGCAACGUCUUAAUUUGCCAAUUAAUACUAAUCUUAUGUGGAAAUCUUUCUUUUUCCUUUUGUCUAAUUUCAGUCAAGAUUGUUUUUCAUUUUAUCUUGUCAUCAUCCCCCCCUCCCCCAGCAAUAAAUUAUAUUCUAUAAAAUAGCCUCUGUGUUGGAGAAAAAGCAACUCUGAAGUGGCCCUCAUUUGAUCCAUCCACCACUAGGGAUUUAAGGGGCCACUCAGUGUUCACCACAAUCGGCGCCGUUUCUGUUUGGCUGCAGUUCGGCUUCCCCUAAAACCUACACAAUUCAGUUCACUGACAAACAUAAUUAAUCAUAAUUAAUUCUGUAAUUAUUUCAUUUCAAAGCAUUUGUGGAAUGCUCUCCCCAGGGAAGUUUGCCUGGUGCCUUUAUCAUGUAUCUUUAGGUGCCAUUCGAAAACUCUCCUCUUCAACCAGGCCUUUGGCUGAUUCUACAGCCUUUUAAAUGUGUCUGUGAGAAAGGGUGUGUCUGUGUGUUAUUGCUUUGCUGUUUUGCUUUUGCUAUUCCCUAGCAGUUCAAAAGCACGUUAAAGUGCAAGUAGAUAAAUAGGUACUGCUCCGGUGGGAAGGUAAAUGGCGUUUUCGUGCACUGCUCUGGUUCGCCAGAAGCGGCUUAGUCAUGCUGGCCACAUGACCCAGAAGCUGUAUGCCAGCUCCCUCAUCCAGUAAAGCGAGAUGAGCGCCGCAACCCCAGAGUUGGCCACGACUGAACCGAAUGGUCAGGGGUCCCUUUACCUUCAUCCUGUAUUUUAUUCUGUGAACCGCCUUGUGAUCUUUGAAUGAAGGGCGGUAUAUAUAAAUCUAAUAAAUGAAAUAAAUCAAAAACAAAUUGUCAUUCUUCAAUGCUGCUAAGAGAAUAGAACUCUGCUGCUUUAAAAAAAAAAAUCAGUGUUUUCCUCCCUCCUCUCUCUCCCUCUCCGUGUUCUCACUCUUACUGCAGGCUGAGAAUGCUUUGCUGCUGCUGCUGCUGCUGCUGCAGGCUUCUCGCCCUAUCCAUAAGGUUGAGUUAGCCAAGGUGGAGGAUGGGAGCAGCAUGGAACUGUCCCAGCUCCUCAAUGAGAUCAGGGCAAACUAUGAAACGCUCAUCACCAGAAGUCAGAUAGAGACCAUCCUCUCAGCAGGGACCCAGGUAAUGAUUAUAUACAGAAAGGCACCUACCCGAAUAAGGAGGCAAUCCAAUGUGUACUCAGUUCCUCUCUCAGCCUCUGUGAGGUACAGUAUUUUCUUUUCCAAUGCAGCCUUUUAUUGGGGAAAGGGAAUUGCGGUGUGUGUGUGUUAUUCCGUUCUUUCUCCUCUCAUACUGCAGCAUAUCUAGCCCGAAAAACUGCGGGGAAAUACAUGAAGGUAUAAGUCGUGUCACCUUGCAUCUAUCUGUUUAUGUAAAUAGGAUGGCAAAGGUUUUUGUGAUUCCCACCCCCUCACCCCCAAAUGAAGUAGUACUCUUGGCUCAUUUUGAGAUGAUUCUUCUUUUUUUGUUGGGGGGCGGGAUAAAGUAGGCAUCCUUUAGCAGUUGUGUAUAGGAGCCAUUUUAAGGUGGGUUAAGAUUUCUAGCCACUUUUAAGGUUGUGGGAGCCUGUGCUUUAACCCUCGAGGUAAUAUUUACAGUGUCCCCCCAGAAGAUGAAAACGAGUGCCAUAGUAUUUUGCAAUGCCUUGCCUUGUUCCAGCUCUCGUAUUUCUUAAAGGUUAUCCGGUCACAAUGACACCAUUAGACAUCCACACAGAAAUAAACAUCUGUGAAUCACAGCUGGACAAUUAGUCUGAGUACUGCAACACAUCAUAAACUAAGAUAUGUAAGCUAGCUGAUGUUAUCACCCUGCUACACUUUAAAUAUGGUUAUUUCUGAUUGUAUGGUCCUAUUAUUAUCUCACGGCAGGCUUGCUUCUGGUGUAAGAUGAUACUAUUUGUAUGUUCCAGCAGCUUUCAAAUUCUGUCCCAAGAGGCUGGGACAGGUUACAACAACUUGUCCUCACAGCAGCCUGCUAGGUUAGGCCUAGAGGCACUGACAUGCCCAUCCAGAGAGUUUCUUGGCAGAGAAGCAACUUGGACCUGGAUUCCCCACUUCUCAAUGCGCCCAGCUGCUCUGUGCAACAUGUAUGUGAACCACUGAUAGCAACAUAUGUUGCUGAAAACAAGGCUUAAAGGUAAAGGGACUCCUGACCAUUAGGUCCAGUCGUGGCCGACUCUGGGGUUGCGGCGCUCAUCUCGCUUUAUUGGCCGCGGGAGCCGGCGUACAGCUUCCGGGUCACGUGGCCAGCAUGACUAAGCCGCUUCUGGCGAACCACAGCAGAGCAGCCGUUUACCUUCCCACCGGACCUGUACCUAUUUAUCUACUUGCACUUUGACGUGCUUUCAAACUGCUAGGUUGGCAGGAGCAGGGACUGAGCAACAGGAGCUCACCCCAUCGCGGGGAUUCGAACCGCUGACCUUCUGAUCAGCAAGUCCUAGGCUCUGUGGUUUAACCCACAGCGCCACCCGCGUCCCGAAAACAAGGCUUACAUACCUAUAUACCAAUGGCCCUGGGUCAAUAGAAAAGCUGUAGGAUAGGGCAGGGGUGAGGAACUUUCUUCAGGCCGCAUACCCUCCAACUGUCCUCAUAAUUCUGCAUCACUAUCACUGCUGGGGAGGGGCUCUUUCCUUGUUGGUUUUGCAUGUUAAGAUUUUUAUUAAAGUUUUUCAGGAUACAGACAACCCCUCCCCGUGCAAAGCCCAGCUAGCUCCAGUGCUCACCCUUGACCCCAUAACCUCCUUGCCCCCACACCCCUCAACUCCAACCCCCACAGGCCUGUCUUCAUCCUGCCAGCUACACACACACACACACACACACACACACACAGUGCAUGUUCCUGCCCAAGGUCUCCUCUAGCUGCCACCUUCUCUUCAGACGUGACCUGGCUCACUUUCUCCUUCUUGUUUUUAUUUGGUCAACUGGAUGGGGACCUGCCAGGUUGGAGAGUCGCUGCUUCCCACAAUGGAGACAGGGACAUCAGUGUCCCCGUUGCCUUGCUCCCCCUUCUCCUCCUCUACCCGCUACUUGUGCUGCUGAUACUCUGCUGACUGGCCGCUCUAGCUCCCUCGCUCGAACCCGGUGCAAGACUCUUCCUUCCCCCUCAACCCACCUUCUACAACUCCCAGGAGCAGCAGCAAAAGGAGGUGGCAGAGGAGGAGGUCUCAGUCGGCAACUCUCUCAUCCCUGCUUCCCCCAACAUGAAGCCAUUUCUGAUUAGUGUACCUCAACAAAGAUGGGGAUUUCGGACUCUGUGUGAGAAAGUGAGAAGCCACGAUGGCUUAAGGGUUUUCAUGAUGGUCCUGGCAUUUCCGGGGCAGUUGGAGGCUAGGAGGCCACAUUCACUCGUGAUCAAUCUUCGGGGGGAGUGGUACAUGCCAGUGAGUCCUUUAUCUCUCACACAUGAAAUAGCUGAGGAAAGAAGUUUGAGUACAGUGAGAAGGGAGUGACCCUGAAAGGAGGCAAAGUGGCUGUUUUAAAGCAUCCCAGCUUCACUUAAACCUCUGCUGAUGUUUAAAACUGCCAUUUUCCUCUCAGUGUUACUCAUCCCCUACUUUACUGGCUGCAACAUAGGCUGUUGUUUAAAACAGCCACUUUUUUUUCUUACAAAUCGGGUCCUCCCUUAAAGAGGGCACGUGUUGCGGUGGGACCUGGCAACCUAACCCUGUGUUGUGGGUGGGUAUGUUUGGAUAGCCACAACACCCGAUUGGUAGGUCCCUUGAUGCAGGGUUCAGUCAGGCCAAUGGGACACAGGCUAAACAGAUCAAGGGACCUAUAUAUACCUAUGUACGUGACCCAGAGCUUCCUCUUUCAGUGCAUGCAUCAGAACACCUGCCCACCUCUCCCUAUAUUUAGGGCUUGUACGCUUGACCUUGCUAUGCCGUCGUGUGUCAUCUGUCGUUGGGACAGGGGCACGGCAAGAAUUUACCCCACUUGGCUGAUUGGUUGGUGCCAUUUGGGUUUCACCUGCCGCGUAGCAAAUCGUCACAACUUGUAAGGUUGCGGAUAGGCUCUGGUUCAGGUGACAGAAAUGGGAGAACGCUCUCGCCAUCCCUAUGUGAAGGCUAUUCUGUUAGAGGAAUCCAGGGACUCAAUGGUUUGGUCAACCCCUGUGAGGAAGUUGUGCCCGUGCCUGAGUCCAGGGGGGCAUUUGGGUGGCGGAGAUAGCCCGCUCCCGGCUUUCUGCUUAUCCAGGUGUUCACCCUAGGCUGACCUAUGCUGGUGCCCUGGGUCAGCGCUACCUGCAACGGUGCAGGGAGCUAGUAGAACCAGAGCCUAUGCAACCAGUCACUUGCUGUAAUCAAUAAAGUUGUGGCCUAAAUUCUGUCAAAAACCAAACCAAAAUUAGAAUCUUGUGUGAAUUUAUUUAAGGGGGAGGUUUAAAAGUCUCAACACGCAACACUUCUCACUGUACUUAAACUUCUCCCUCUUCCAUUCCUCAGCUACCCCAUGUGAUAGAGAUGAAGGAAGGAGAGGCUUCAAAUAUUCCAUUGUAGCGUCACACACUGUAUUUCACUCCUGGUGCCAUGUGUUGUCUUCAGCAUAAAGUUCCAGAUUACGUGUAAUAAUUUAGAACAGAUAUUUUAUUAAUAAGCCAUAUAUGUACAUAAGCCAUCAGCUGAACUUAACCUUCCCUAACUGAACAAGCUAACUGACAGCCUUGCUCUUAAUAAUCUAUUUAACUUAAAAGAUAUAGUACCGUGGGUUUCACAAUGGUUCACACGCAAAAGGGGCUGUUAUUAUAGGAGAGAGGAUGAGUCGUGGAAAAGGGGUGGUCCGUGUUCAAGGUCGGGUUGAGGAGGGAAAGGAAGUGAAGGUGAAAAUGGGGGUGUAAAGGGGGCUGCAAAAAAAAGGAGGGAGUAGGAGACAUGGGAAGGGGGUGAACAUGAAAGCUGGGGCAUGAAGUGUCCACAGAACAGGAGGGAAAAGUAGCUUCAUAAUUGGAUGGAAGGUGGCAAGGGGUGCUUAGUCAUUGCAAUAUGUGGAUGGAGAAAGAUGCAGGGGGCCCCAUGAGGGUGGUUUGUGAGCAAGGGUCAGAGGCACAAAAAGAGGAGCAGGAGGAGGCAUGGACAUGAAGGUGAAGGUGAAGGUGAAAAGAGGCGCAAAGCAGGGCUACAGAAUAAAGGGGAGAAGUGCCUUCAGAAAUGGAACUGGAGAGGUGAAAAGUGAGCUUAAUAGUUGCAUGAGAUGGAAAGGGGAUUAAUGCAGGGGAGAAUGGCAGGCCGGGGGGGGGGGGGAGGUUGGCAAGUGUAGCCCGUAGUAAAGAACCAUAAAAAGGGACAGCAACUGGAGCCUUGAAGUUGCCCGCCAACAGCAUCAAACUGAACAAACAUACAGGUCACAUUCAUCCUCAUAUCAUAUUUCAUGUUUCUGCCUGGAUUGCAAGCAUUUUUGUUUUUCUAAAUGUGAACCUAUAUGUAUACAUAUUAAUUAGCUGCAUAUGCAAAUUUCAUGCAUAUAUUUGACCUCUGUGGUGAGAAUGUACUUCUUGCUGCUGCUCCUUCUUCUUCUUCUUUUGGAAAUGCAUAAAUAACCAUCCUAAAGCAUGAAUUUCUUCUGCAUAUACCAUGAACAGCACAAACCAGGCCUUCGAUGACGUCCGCCAUGCCUACAGUCACUCCCCUGUUAUUUGAGGAUGUGUCAUGCAAAGGCAAUUUGUAAUCUGGUAAUGACAGAGUACGUGCAUUUCUCCAGAAGGAACAAAGCUAGGUAUUUGUAAAAAUAUUACCUCAGAAGUAGGUGUCAGUAGAAAUCCACAACUUAUGUCUGAACUGGUUGCUGACGAUUAUUUUCUAGCAGCCAGAUGAGAAGUCAAAUUCCAAUAUGAUGCUUCAACAAUGUUUAUGCAUUUUCAAACAGGUAUCAGAUCCAUCAGGCUGAAUAAAAUUAUAUAGUCCAGGCUUUAUCUGGGUUAAUAAAUACAUGAAAUUAUUAUUAGGGGUUUUUUAUUUUUUUAAAAAAACCUUUUAAUCUGUGAUCCAUUUUGUGGCUUUCAGACCAUCGUUUCCUUUCUUGUUUUUAAGGCUAACCUUUUUUGUCCUACAUAUAUAUUAUGUAUUCUCAUUAAAGACUCAAAUAUUAUAUAUUGUUCACAUGUUCUAGUACAAAUGUGGGGGGGGUGGCUUUUGGCCAGGGGGCUAUUUUAACUCCCUGCCAAUAAAUGUAAUUACAAAAAUGAAGACAGAACGACAAGUUUUUCCAGAAGCACCUUGGGGAAAAGUAACAACAUGAGCUUUCUGAAUGUCAGAUGAUGCCUAGUCACUGUUGAAGUGGAGCCAUCAAGCAUCCUUAUCUGGCGUUAAUUGUGCAAAGUACCUAUUAUCCCCCAAAGCCUCUGCAGUGCUAUCAUAUCUAUGUUUACUAUUGCCUCAGAAUUGCUGCCUCCAGAAUUGUCCCAUAGUGCCAAGAGUGCAUCUCACGCAGGGUGGGGCAACCGGGUACACCUGUCCUGAGCCUCAGAGAACUAAGUCGGCCUGGGUGUGUGUGCGCCAGGGGCCUGCUGAACUUACACCAUCAUGACAAGAAUGUCCCAUGCCCCCCAUGUCCUCAGACAAGCUCUGCACAUGCCUGGCCCCAUAUAUUUGAUUUCUUGACCAAUGGGCUGUAUUUUGUCAGGACUGACCAUCUCUGCAACAACACACCCAUUGCACCACAUUUCUCCUGUGUAGGUGCAUGCCCAGUGCUAUUAAGGACAGAAAAGCAGUAUACAAAUUAUUUUUUUUAAAAAAUGUAAAUACUGUCUGGACUGCUGUGAUGUCUCCAAAUGUCUCACAGUUCUGUUGUUGGAAGACUUCCCUGCGCUGGCUUAACUCCAAUAGGUAGAUGAAGAAAUGUGAGGUGUUGGAAUUACCGUAUUUCCUCAAAUGUAAUCCUCACUUUUUUUGGCCAAAUUCUGCCAUGAACAUUAGGGUGUGCGUUAGAUUUGACGGUGUAUUAGACUGCAAACUUGCCUAGAUGGGGUGAUCAAGUUCUACUGAGUCUGCUUUUUUUCCUUUGGGCACCAUGAAAAAAGACGAGCUCUUGCUAACUGGGAGGCCCAGUUGCUCUGUUGCCACUCCACUGCCACCACUGCCAUCCUUGCCACAGGAGGGGGAGAGCCACGUGGGUCAGCAGAAGCGGCUGGAGCCGGGUGAAGUGAGUCGGGGACUCGGUGUGCAUCACGGGAGUUUGCUCGUACAAACACAUUGCCUUUCCCCUCGCCCCGCUCGGCACACCAGCCACUGAUUCAAGAUCGCCCCAUCCUGGUUCCCACCCCCCCGCCCCGCCCCACGAACAAGGACUUGGCCUUACUGGUGAACAAGGUGAAUGUUGCAGGAACCGGCCUUGUCAUGCGAAAAAGAGUCUAGCUGCAGGCAUGAGCACAGUAGCCCAUUUGCGCUGGGACGGUAUUUGAGACAGAAAAUGGUGGCUCUCAGGAGAGAAGAUUGAGCAGGCCUUGGGAGUGCACUUUUUGCCAAUGCGCAUUACAUUCUCAAGCAAAUACCUUUUUGAGUUUCAAGUUUUUGAAAACUAGGGUGUGCAUGAGAUUUGAAUACAGUACGCAGGUUAGCAGCUUCCUCAUGUCAUCUGAUGCAGGAACCGAGUAGUGUUUCUGAAUUAUGAUCUUAAUGAGUACUCUGGGAUUCAAACCAUUUGCCUCCCCGCCCCCCAGUGAUAUCCACGCAACUGACUCAUAGACACCUUGACUGUAUUUUGAACUUUCUUGAGAAGCUUCAGUGAGUCCUUAAGUCAGUGAGUCCUUAACGGUAUAUUUCUGCAUCCUACAAUUUUCUGGGAAGCCCUUAGAACUUCCCCCUAGUUCCCAUUGGAACAAAGCCAAAGUACCAUACUUUUCCAUGUAUAAGACUAUUUUUCUUUCUUUAAAAAUCAUACUUAAAAGUGGAGGUCGUCUUAGACAUGGGUAAUGCAUAGGGUUGGACGUUUGAUUGGUUGCUGCAUCAAUGGGUGGUGUUGAUUGGCUGACGCUCCAGCAGUUGGGCUGGUGAUUGGUUACAGACGCUUCAGGUUACAGACUCUUCAGGUUACAGACUCCGCUAACCCAGAAAUAGUACAUCAGGUUAAGAACUUUGCUUCAGGAUGAGAACAGAAAUCGCGCAGCGGCGGCAGCGGGAGGCCCCGUUAGCUAAAGUGGUACCUCAGGUUAAGAACAAUUUCAGGUUAAGAACGGACCUCCAGAACAAAUUAAGUUCUUAACCCGAGGUACCACUGUACUGUAUAUGGAUGGCAUUUUAUAAAUAAGCAAACAAUAUUAUGGAGUAACCUCUGGAGUUGUGCCAAUUUGUCCUUUGAAACAUGCCAAGUCCCUCAAUGGGAAUUGUGCAAUUAGUUCUUCUUGGGUCUUCUUUGAGCUUCAGUGUGUCUGUCUUGGCACAUAUCAGGUUGAGCUACAUGAAGGCAUCUUGGUUUAAGCACUGGUACUAAAGAUCCUGUGGUGAAUGAAAAACUGGCCUUGUAGCAGCUGCUGAGUUCUUCAGAUCCUAUCCACAGGAUGCACCAUUAAAUACAAGAGCAACAUCGGCCUUUCUGAUGUGUUGGAGACCUUGUACUUGCUGCAGAGUGUAUGCAGGCAGAAUAAUCUCUCCCACCCCAGUGUUAAGCCUGAAGUUAGGAGAAACACCUGGAACGCCAUGGCCCAGAACAAUCGGCAUUCUGAUCACCCUGAAACACUGGAUCUAUCAAGGAUGAUGGUGGCUGUAGCCUAACAAUACCUGAAGAAACACAGUUUUCCCAUCCCUGCAAUAAAGAAUCGUGGUGGGGGUUGCUUUGCAGUCAUCCAUAAAUUCAUCUUAAUAUUUUGGUAUGUAAGGUAGACGGCAACACACUCACAGAGCUCUACAGCCCAUCUUGUUAUAUCUAAUACAGUUAUCAAUUAAAAAAAAAAUUCUAACUGCGAUUUUAUUUAUAUGUUGUUGUUUUAUCCUGGUCUGUGACCGUAAUAAAGUUCAUUCAUUCUAGCAUUUUGUUCUCAGUUUGUAGGCAGCAAGUCCCUUCUGAUACCAUGUCCUGUGUUCAAAGUGGGGUGGGAUGGGUUAGAACAUAUGCCAUUUCUUUUCAGACAGACCUAUGACCACCCCGUCCGUUGUUGUUAUUAUUAUUAUUAUUAUUAUUAUUAUAGUAUAAUAAAACGAAGAAGACAUGAAUUGUGCACCGGGUGUGCUUUGUUUCAGGAACUAAGAUUCAUUCACACAGCCAAAUUUGAAAUUUUCAGUAUGGGACAUCUUGAACUGAUGUGGCCAAUCCUUCCUCUUUGCAGCUAGAAGAAGCCACUAGUGAAAGAAUGAGCAAAGACGAGGAAGCGCUAAAAGCAGCCAGGGCAGAGCUAAAUGAAGCAAGACGCCAGUGGCACCAUAUGCAGAUGGAAAUUGAUUCUCUCCAUGCUGUGGUAAGUCUGAUUGAGCAGCUGGGCUGUCUGUGCAGAGAGAGGAGGUGAAAUUGCUUGCUGUUUUCCCUUGGGCUCACAGUACUCAAGGUAGCUUUACAGACCCUAUUUUCCAGGGACAUCCCUGAUUUAGAAAAGCCAUCCCGGUUUCUGAUUUGAUCCUGGAAUGUCCCACUUUUCCUUAGGAUGUCCCUAUUUUCAUUGGAGAAAUGUUGGAGGGUAUGAAGUUAUCCGACCCCCGAGCCGUCUGAAGGCAAUCCUGUAUAGGGAAGUGUUUUUUAAUGUUUUAUUAUGUUUUUAUAUAUGUUGUAAGCUUCCCAGAAUGGCUGGGGCAACCCAGUAAGACGUGUGGGGUAUAAUUAGUAAAAUUAUCAUUAUGGAGUGGGACGUCCCUAUUUUCAUCGGAGAAGUGUUAGAGGGUAUGGCUUUAUCUCCACCAUUCCUAGCACUGUAGGCUGGGCCUGAGGUGAACCUGGAAUAAGACAGGAGUCAGGAAGAACAAAGGCAGCAAAAAGGGUCAAAGAAUAAGCUAGAACUCAGGACCAGUUUACUUCAUGGCUAGAUCAUAGCUUACUGUAUCAGGAACUCAUAUAGGGUGCUCCCACCAGGCUACCCCAAUAGUACAAUCUGCUGCUGCAUCGUUCUUCCGGCUUUUAUUCCUGAUUUGUUGCCAUCUCCUUAGUCUAAGGUGCCUACCACUUGUGAUAAGUUCUAUUUUCUUGUCACCUAGAUAGUGAAAAGGAUGGCCUGAGAGGAGAUUGGCAAGGGAAAGGUCACAUGGAGAAAUGGGAAAUGGAACCCAUAAUCCUCUAUUGUUAUCAGACAGCAACAGCAGCAUUGUGGGGAAGGGAAACAAUAUUGUGGGAUCUCCAUAGUCAGAUCCAUUAGGACAGGCAUAGGCAAACUCUGCCCUCCAGAUGUUUUGGGACUACAACUCCCUUCAUCCCUAGCCAACAGAACCAGUGGUCAGGGAUGAUGGGAACUGUAAUCUCAAAACAUCUGGAGGGCCGAGUUUGCCUAUGCCUGCAUUAGGACAUGAGUGACUUCCCACAGCAAGCAUGACCUUGUGCCAUGCCCCUAGGGCAGCCAUUUUGUGAUUGGUGCCCACAGCACUUUCUCAAAAUUCAAAAUGUUUCCACUGGUCACUGAAGGUUGGCAAUUCCUGCAUAAUAGAUCUGAUCCCUGUAGCCAAAUAUCUGCAAUCAACCCUGACUGAAUGUAACUACAGUGGAACCUCAGUUUUCGAACGUAAUCCGUUCCGGAAGACCGUUCGACUUCCAAAAUGUUUGAAAAUCAAAAACUCAAUACGGAAGCCUCAAUGCAAUAGGGAAACUCAAAUGUAGCACAUUCUGCUUCCGAAAAUAGUUCGAAAACCAGAACAGUUACUUCCAGGUUUUUGGCGUUUAAAAACUGAAACCUUCGCCUUCCAAGACGAUCAAAAACCGAGGUUCCACUGUAUGUUUUAUAUUGCUCAGAAUAUAAAGGUUUGUGACAAAUACUGAUUUUAUUAGUUUGAAUUUAAUUUAAAAUGUAAAGUUGACUGUGUAUGUGUGUUUUUCAAAAGUUAUUUAUCCUCUUCUUUGUUUUUUUUAAAUGGUCCUGGGCUUUUUAGAAGUACAUUCUGGAAUUGAAACCAAUAAUGUAAUUUAACAGGAAAAGGGUCUGGAACAUUCUCUGCGCACCACAGAACAGCGGUACCAGACACAACUGAAGCAUCUGGAAGCAGAGAUUGAAGGCCUGGAGAGAGAGCUACAUAAAGUGCGGCAAGGGAUUGAGAAGCAGCUGCAGCAACACGAAAUAUUACUAAACACUAAGAUGAGGCUUGAGCAAGAAAUAGCUACGUACCGCAGUCUGCUGGAGAGGGAGGAGAAAAGGUACCCAGAGACAGUCCUCAAAUACCUAUAGCAGGGGUCAGCAAACUUUUUCAGCAGGGGGCCGGUCCACUGUCCCUCAGACCUUGUGGGGGGCCGGACUGGCUGCUUACCUGUGUCUCGUGAGCGGCAGGGGUUGUUGGCGGCGGCGGGACGGUGAGCGGUGCACGAAAGGGCUGCGGAGAGGGGCUGCUUAAAAUGGCGGUUGCUCAAGCACUGCUGCUGCUGGCACCAACAAAGCGCAGCCCCCUUCCUCCUCUAGGCAGGGCAGGGAGAAGCCAGAAGGAGGGAGGAGGCACCAAUGCCGCCGUGUGAGGGAGAGGGAGGGAGAGGGAAAGAACGCACACGCUGGCAAUCCACGCGGCAAUUCCUGGACUGUUCGCAGGCCGGAUCCAGAAAGCAAUAGGGCCUGAUCCGGCCUGUGGGCCUUAGUUUGCCAACACAUGACCUAUAGCAUAGCCAGGGUUCUAUGGCUAGUAAAAGUUAUCUUGUUUAUUUGCUUGCUUGCCUGCCUGCCUAGAUUUAUAUCCUACUUCCUGCCUAAAAUUCUUGACAUGGCUAGCACUGUGGCAGAUCCAAGGCAAUUUAGCUGGGAAAUGGACCAAAGCAUUUUCAUUGGUUGCCUAGCCCAUAUAUUAAAAAUGUACUCAGAAUAUACUCACACAAUAGUUCAUUCAAGGCAACCUGGUGGGUGAGAAAGGGAGAGUUUGAAAGCUUCUGCAAUCACCUCUGUAUUAUAGGAAAGUCUUAAUUAACCUAAGAAACCUUCAAUUGUGGCAGAUUCUCCAUUCAAGCAUGUGGCACAAGUGUUUUAACCAUUUCAGCUUCAUAAGCCAAUACUGUAUAUACAGUAUGUUGCAUCCAGUCCAGACCAUUGUCUCCAUAGAGGAAAGAAACAACAUAUGAUACAGCCCUGAGUUAACUCUAUCCUGACAGAGAUUGUAUACUGAAUAUACAAUACCACAUGCUUGUAUACUGAACAGGCAGAAGGUCUAAAGUGCCGUGCUGCAAACCAAACAAGUUCAAUCGGGACUGCUCAACCCACAGUGCUCACCCGCUGCAAAUGUUCAUGGUAUCUUGUUUAUCUAGAACAGGGAUGGGCAAUAGGUAGAUCAAAAUCUGCUGCUAUUUCUUCAGGCAAUUCACAGUCAAUCGAUAAUUGUUCCCGAUUCUGCUGUCCAAAAGCAGCAGCAGCUAAAAACCUAAAUCAGGUUGAUCCAAUGUAUGUUUGCAGGGAAACCAGAAAGCUCUUGUAUGAAAGGACUUUUGAGCUCCGUUCUGUUACUGAAAGCAGAUUCCUGGAUUUAAUUUGUGCUCUGCCCCUUUAUUCCAAGUGUACGUCAGCACAACAACCCCCCAACUAUUAUAGUUGGUGGGUUGGUGGAUAUCGAAACCUGGUAUGCACCAACGAAACAAAAAAUAUCCAGCAAGCCUGAAGUCUGGCAGCUCCCAAUUUAGAAGGAUCUAACCAGGCCCAUUCUACAUUCUUACAGUUUCUUCCUCUUUUUCUUUCAAGGUUUCAUCGUUCUGCGUGCCAAGACAGAAAAGGCGACAAAAAGCGCACCACUAGCCAAAUAGCGUUUAUCUUACCUUCAUGUGAGUUUUCUUAAGACCUGGAAUUAACAUAAAAAGACAGCUCACCAUUUAGGCAAAGUUGAAUGUGAAUCAGAACUUGUAGGAUUUUAAGAAAAUAAAACACUGGAAAAUAAGAGACAACUGUAAUUCUGGAAACUUCAUUUUUUAAAAAAUAUAAUUUUUAUUAACAGGCCAAUCAAAUCACAUUAUUUCCAAAUCACAUUAGUUCCAAAUUAUACAGACAGAUUUUUAAAUUUUUGUUGGGGGUACCCAUACUUCAAGCUCCGAAAGGGGUCCAAACAUCACUCAUGUUGCUGCUUUAAUUAAACAGUUCUAUCCAGUUCUGUCCAGAUAGUCUCUUUGUUACUUUCCUCAUCUUCUUGUUGUUAUCAUAUAUUCCUUUCUUUGCGAUCUCUGAUAAUCUUCACAAGCGGGUUGAAAACAAACAUCCUCUGUGUGGGUUUUACACUCUCCAAAAGUCAUAUCACAUAAAGGACAGACGCCAUUUCCACACCUCCAUAUAGAACUUUCCCUCAGUCUGUCCGUUGAUUUCCCCAGGCUUGCCAAGCAUAUCUCAGGGGGCUCUGCCAGGUCAAGAUCACAUUCCGAUAACCAUACAUUCACAUUCCGAUGACCCUGGUCCUCCUCCCCCUUGUCCUUCUAUAGGCAAGCCUGUCUUAGCGAGACGCCAUUUAUAACUGCGUCAUAAAACUUUCUUCCAUUCCCCAACGUUUUUACCAGUCCUCUCUUUGAUCAGUAAUUCAUUCCACACAGUUCUUAAAUUCCUGCUUGUGAUUAAUAAAUUGCAAUGAUUCUUCUCUCUGGAGGGGAGGGUUAUUGAUACUCACAUAAGACAAAAAAAGAAAAGUUCUUUCCUCCCCCCCCUUUCCGUUUCACUCCAACAUACCAGUCUUUUAAUGAUGAUUCAUCACUUGAUUUAUUUGUCCAGCCUGUCGCUCCGCUCACAGAGAUCCAUUAAUCAGCAGUCUUUACUCCCGAUCUUCACUUGAUGUAUGUGCAUUAGCUUCUUUCCAAUUAUAUAUUUCCAAUUAUAUAUUUCGAGCUAAUGCAAACCAGUGCGCGAAUUAGAGACAGCAUCAGGGAGAGCCGGCCUCACUCGAGGGCUUCGUGCCAAGUGCCCACACCCCCUUCUUUCGAAUCCGGGGGUGAAUUAUGGACACAGCUGGCAAGGCAGUCCCCCCAUUCCCUGGGGGGGGGUAAGGGAGGCUGCAUACUCCCAUAUCAGCCUCUUAAUUACCUCAUGUGGGUCAGAGAGAUGUUAUUGUCGGCCAUCUUCCAAUGUGCCCCCUGGUGGCGCAUAAUUCUGGAAACUUCAAAUGGGCAGAAUAGGUUGGGCUAGGUGAUCACAAUGUGUGGCACCUAUUCUGAACCAUUUGCUUUGGUUAUCGGUGGGUUCCCGGCCUCCUCUCAAAGUGCUGGUGCUGACCUUAAAAGUUCUAAACAGUUUGGUACCAUGUUAUGUGAAGGGCCACCUACAUAUAACAUACAAGCUUGCCUGGGAAUAUAACAUACAGGGCCCUACAUGUAGACCCAUCUAUAAAGUUGAUAGGUGCAUGAGACAGGGCCUUUUCUGUGAUGGCCCCCUUAUAUUAUGGACCUCUGCUACAUAGGAGUACAUAUAUCCUAAACCUUUAAGCAGGUUUUAAAAACCUGUUUAUUUCAGGCCACUCCCCAACCCCUAAUUUGGGACUCUAUUUCAUGGGCCAUUUAAAAAUAUGUAGCUGUUUAAGCUGCUGAAAUCUCUACUGCCAUUCUAUUUAUCUUUAACUGGCCUCGGUUUUUAAAUAGUUUUGUACUGUUAUUUAGAUUGCCUGGUGUUGUUUUGAAUUGCGUUGCUUUUUCAGGAUACGUAAGCCGUCUUGUGUGAGCUAUGCAGGGCAUAACUAACAAGCUAUACUGCCGUACCUUGGUUUUCGAACAGCUUAGUUCUUGAACGUUUUGGCUCCCGAACGCCGCAAACCCGGAAGUGACUGUUCCGGUUUGCGAACUAUUUUUGGAAGCCAAACCUCUGACAGGGCUUCCUGCAGCCAAUCAGAAGCCAUGCUUUGGUUUCCGAAUAUUUUGGAAGUCAAACGGACCUCCGGAACGGAUUCCAUUCGAUUUCCAAGGUACAACUGUAUAGCAAUUCACACAGUGGUAUGUUUGUUUGUUACAAGCAUGUUCAGGCUGCCCCUACUAAUACCUCAUUUGGCUCCUUGGACUACACAAUAAAUUCCUUACAAACACAUAACCUCCUCUUCUCCGAACACUGCACAUCCUCUGAUGAUCAACUAAUUACAGUUUCUCAUUUUCUAAUUGGACCGAAAAAAAGUCAUAUAUGGUUACAGAUGCCUGUUCCUGCAUAACAGUGAAAAUUGCAUUUUCUUUUCUGUUUUAAUUUAUACAGCAAGUGAGCUAAAGGCGCACGAGAUUGAAAAAGUGGAAAUACUGACAAAGCAAGCAGUCUUAAAUGGAAAUGUCGCAAAAGAGAGCGCAGAGGCUUGUGGAACGAUACAGUAAGUGAAACUGAACAGCACAGAGCGCUUACAAGCAAUAAGGAAAUGUUCUCUGAGACGGGUUGAGCUUAGGACUUUUGGGGGGGCAACUAAAACUACCACCUCCAUCCACAAGAGACAAAAUCCGCCAGAAAAAUAUCCUGCAGAAGUGGGAACUUUAACUUUAACACAGUGAGUGGGAAAUUGUGCAAGGCAUUGGCAAAGAGCAACAUUUGCCAGUUAAAGUAGCAACCUCACCUUGCUUCAUAGUAGGGAUGCUUCUGAUCAAGCACCCUGUAUCAUCUUGUUUUCAGACAACAUAGGGGUACCCAGUGUGGAUGGCUUAAGGUCCACUGUGGGUUGUUUUUAGAUUAUUGGUUGUGGUUUGUUUGAGGGAAGCAAACCACAGUACACAGUCUGCAUGACAACCAAACCCAGUUAUAGUGGUUUGUUUCUCCCACAGCUAUUGGAAAGGAACAAGGCAAGUGAAAAUCAGAUUCACAGUACAGUGGUACCUCGGGUUAAGUACUUAAUUCGUUCGGGAGGGCUGUUCUUAACCUGAAACUGCUCUUAACCUGAAGCACCACUUUAGCUAAUGGGGCCUCUUGCUGCCGCUGCGCCACCAGAGCACGAUUUCUGUUCUCAUCCUGAAGCAAAGUUCAUAACCUGAGGUACUAUUUCUGGGUUAGCGGAGUCUGUAACCUGAAACGUAUGUAACCUGAAGCGUAUGUAACCUGAGGUACCACUGUAAACCAUUAACUAACCUGAUGUUUACCAAGAAAUGCAAACUAGGCCAAUGAGUGAUGGACUAUUUAUUCAGAUGUCUCACUGUGUUCAAUAGCGAUCUACAUCCAUACCAUACCAUACUAUAAAUUCAAAACACAUUUAAAGCCCAUCACACGCACACCCUGCCAAAAUCCCGGGAACUGUAGCUUACCUCCUUACAGAGCUACAGUUCCCAGGAUUCUUUGGGGGGAACCAUAUGUUUUAAAUGUGCUUUAAAUUUUUAGUGUUGAUGUGUCGUGUAUUUAGGACUGGAGCCCAAAUGUUAAAAGGCAUCCACACAGGCAUUUAGCGAACAUUAAUUAGUAGGAAACAAAAGCAACCAUUGGUACUAAAGGGAGCCUAAAAACUCAGUGAUAAAUCAAUGCAGAUCCUUAAAUCGGUGUUGCUUAGUUCAACAGAAUUUCUCUCCGCCUUCUGUCCUGAAGAAGGUUGUGAGAGCAGAUUUCCAUGGGUAUCUUUCUUUUCAUAGUAUGAAAUCCUGGUUGAUCAUUUUUCUAGGGCAGCACUUCAGUUUGGCAUAAGUUCAUGUGUAGCAAAUUGGGCGCCUUUUAUUUUACAAGUAAAAAACUGCAGAAAGGUUGCAACUUGCCAUCCCGUUUCCUGAGGGAUACAGAUUUUAAAACCAGCCCCCGUAUUUCAGCUGACUAAACGAAAACUCUGUGUGUGGUCAGGUCAUGCCAAUUCCCAUCACUUUGUGAAAUCCUAGCUUGAAGGUCUGUUCCACACUCAUUCAUCAGUAUAAUGUUUAAUUUAUUGUUUCAGGACGGAGAAAGUAGAUGAAGUGAUUAAAGAAUGGGAAGGCUCUUUCUUUAAAGACAACCCUCGCUUAAGGAAAAAAUCAGUUUCUUUGCGGUUUGAUCUCCACUUGGCAGCCACAGAUGAAGGUUGUUUACAGACUAAACAGAAAGGCUUGCCUGAUAUCGAAGUGAGAUUGGUUAUGAAGCGGUCUUGCAGUAUCCCAUCCAUCAAAACCUAAAUCUGCAUCCCACUUACCCAAAGAUUAUUCAUGGAUGGGUUUCAGAAAUAAAUGGCAGUAUGGACCCAGGUGGAC